AUGACAUAACGAGGACGACUGUGAUGAUAAUAAAUAAUUAAAUUAAGCUAUACUUUAUUUACUCGAUGUUUUCCUUACAUAGCAAAAUAAAUUAUUUUUAUUAUAUUUUAGAGUGUGCAGUAUUUGAAUUUUGAUUAUUGAAAUGACUAAAUAUUUGUUAUUUCUACAAUAAAACAAUAAAUGAUAAAAUCAUUACAAUUUUUUUAGUUUGGUUUGACGAAACUAGGUUGCUCAAUCCAAUCCAAGAGCCAAGUUUAACUUCAAGUUGUAAUUUGUAUUGGGAAUUUGGGAUUUGGGAAACUAAACAUUAAACAUACAUGACACAAAAAGUUUUCAUAAAAACUUCAAAUAUUCUGUGUCUGCGAAAAUAAAGUUUUCAAGACAUCUACACAAUCUCAUCUCAGAAUCUAACAAUACGGUAUAGGCUUUCAAUCAUAUUGGAGUGCUGAGUUUCUGCUAUAACUUCCUACAACAAUGAAUAGAGUUUACAAAAACCUUAAUAAAAUCCAAACUCCUUUAAUAACCUGGGGUGAUCCAUUCACCAACACUGAGAAUGUAUUAAUUUGUAUAACAGGAAACCCUGGGAUAUCAGAUUUUUAUAUAGACUUUGGUUCUGAACUUUAUAAAAGUAUGUUGAUGCCUGUUUGUGUUAUUGGUCAUGCAGGCCAUGAAGAAAGUCUAGAUAAAAAUAGCAAAUAUUUAUUUAACUUAAAGGAUCAACUAGAACACAAAUUAGAUUUGAUUGAAAAUUAUAUUCAUAAAAAUUGUAAAAUCCAUCUUAUAGGCCAUUCUAUUGGUGCCUGGAUGAUUAUUGAAAUAUUGGAGAAGCACAAUCAUUUAGUUGAAAGAGUUUCAUCAGUAAAUUUAUUGUUUCCUACAAUACAAAAAAUGGCAGUAUCACAGAACGGCAAGUUUGUUAACAAUGUGCUGAGGAAGAUUUACAGGUUUAUUUUGUUUUUAAGCACAUUAUUGUAUAUGCUGCCCAACCAAGUGUUGUGUAACUUAAUAGGCAUAUAUUUGUGGACAAAAUCUUUAUCUCCAAAGCUUAAUUGUGCUAUAAUGAAAAUAUUAAAUCCUGACAUAGUAGAGAAUGUCUUCUACUUGGCAUUCAAUGAAAUGGACACAGUUCUGUCAUUGAAUAUAGAAGGCAUUAAUAAAAUUAAGCAUUUAACAAAUGUUGUUUAUAGCAUUAAAGAUGGAUGGGCUCCAACUGAGUAUAUGGAAGAAUUGAAGCAGUUCACUCCACAUCUGCAAAUGAUAGAAGUUCAGAAAGUGGAACAUGCUUUUGUUUUAAAAUCCUCUGAGGAAGUAGCGACCAUAGUGGCAGACUUUAUCAAGACAAAAACAAACAAAUAAAUUGUUUGUUGUGUUACAAAUAAUAAGCUUAUUGUGAUAUAUCAUUUUGCUACCAGUGCAACUUAUGUGAGAUUACUAUUAUGGGUUUUAGAUUAGGUAGUAGAAUUUGAAAAUGAAAAAGAAUAUCAGAUAUGUGCACUUAAAUUUAUUGAAACCAUAUAAUUAUAUUUAUUAUAUUUUAUA